AAUAUUGUAAACUGAAGUAUUAGGAAAUAAAUUUUGGAAUUAUAUGGCUUAGAAGUUUGUUUCUGCAGGACAGAGAGUUAAAUUAUGAAAAGCUGAUCUAUUUUAAGGUGAAAUCCACAUUUACAAGUCACAGUCAGAGGCAUUUUGCCUGCGGGAACUGUUUGGAAUUCACUGGCCUACCAUUCCACAGGGGACAUUGCUUUACCCUCCAAUUGUCUGAAAAUACGUUUGAAAUCUGCAAAGUGGUAGAUGAAGCUGUCCCACAGAGACGCUGUCUUACUAAGCUACCCAGCACGUCUUCUUAUUUGACAGCUCUAACGAUAAGGUGUUUCUCAAUUAUAGACCUCAGGGAGCCUGCGGAGGUAGCUCCUCAUUGCAGCUGGCAGUAUUCCGACACAGAGCUGCUUGGUAUGCCUGGGCCCAAAAGAUUGUCAAUUUAGCCUCAUGUUGCUCACGGGCUCUUGGAUGAAAGGAGGGACUGUGCUCAUUUAUGUCAUCUGUGGAGAGCUAGCUAGAAAUUAGUGAUGAUACAAAUGUGGCGUUAGUAUAUUAUUAAUUUUGUAUCGCUGUAAUGACUUUAGAUUUUGCAUUGCAGUAUGUGCGCAUAAUAAGAGCAAGAAGUGGAUGCAACCUGUAUACUACUACCACAGAGAAAAUCUUCAAAGAUUCUAUAAGCUUUAAAUAACUUUAUGUAAAACCUUAAUCUGGCAAGUUAUUAUGAACUUUUUUAAUACUAUGAAUACUACAUAUUUAGAAUAUUUAGGCAAAAAGUAUCUGUUGUUUGCUUUUCCAGGUUAACCUGUAUCUUCUAUCAGGAGUUCCUAAACUGGGCUCCAUGCUUAGAACCAGAGCCUGUGGUUAGAGCUGGAUUUUAGCAUAAUUAACAAACUUUAUUCUGAGGUGUCCAAAGGCUCCAUGAGCUACAAAAGGUGGCUGUGACACACCAACGCUGGAAACCACUGCAUCCGGUUGAACAAUUUUAGUUUUACCUUAUGUUCAUAUUUGUAACUUAUCAGAAAAUAAAAUGUUAUGCAACAUAAACCAUAUUUGAAUAUCUUAGCCAUUUCAAUGAACAAAAUCAGUUACCUGCGUUGUCAUGGUAUUUUUAAUUUAAUUUCUUGGAAGUCAUUACAUUAGCCUUCUAUUUUGCAAAUAUUGACCUGCAGAAAGCAGUUUGAAGAAAUACUUUUCCUUUGGGAUUUGGAACUUUUUAAUUUACCUUUUGUGCGUUGCCAAGGUAGGAAAUUUGUUCAGUGAACAUUUAUUGACCAAUAAGUUGUAUUCGAGGCACUAGGGAUUUAAAAACCAGUAGGACAGUGUGAAAGUGGUCAGAUAUACGCAUUCUUCCUUUUCUAAGCCUCGUCUCUGGUUCUUGCCAGUCCUCCCCCCACUGCACCGAGUUUCUGAAGAUAAAAUAGUCUUUUUUCUCAUACUCUUGCCUUCACGAGAUGCCACUCCCUUUUCAGCUCCCCGGGACCACACCAUGCCUGGAAGUGUGUUCUGAUCCAGCAAAGGACAGUAGAGUACCUCAUCCUUGCGUUAGGCACCACUCACUGCACUUCAUACACUCUUUUGUUGAGGAUUUAUACUGCAUCCUACAGGGAAGACAGAUAAUGAAGGGCAUCUGAAGAUGAUGCAGAACUUCAUGUUCAUGCGCCCUGUUUCAGUGGACAAAGUCCUCCCAGUUUGCGGCCGCAGGAAAGCGAUGGACGCGGACGCUCAGGGAAUUGUCGGAGACUGCAGCGCAUCCCAGUGGACACGUCAGGAUAGCACCCGUUGCAGCACCGUCUCCCACGAGCAUCCCACGCUCAGCUUCCACGCCCACAGAGCCGCGUGAACAUGGCGUGGGUGAAGUUCCUGCGGAAGCCGGGCAGCGGCCUGGGGAAGGCCUACCAGCCAGGGAGCCUGCUGUCGCUGGCGCCCACCAAGGGCCUGCUCAACGCGCCGGGCCAGAACAGCUGCUUCCUCAACAGCGCCGUGCAGGUGCUGUGGCAGCUGGACAUAUUCCGGAGGAGCCUGCGGGCCCUGACGGGGCACGUCUGCCAGGGCGAGGCCUGCAUCUUUUGUGCGCUGAAGAGCAUGUUUGCUCAGUUUCAACACAGCCGGGAAAAGGCCCUCCCAUCGGACAACGUGCGGCGCGCCCUGGCCGAGAGCUUCCGGGACGAGCAGCGGUUCCAGCUGGGCCUCAUGGACGACGCGGCCGAGUGCUUUGAAAAUAUCUUGGAGAGGAUCCACUUCCACAUCGUGCCCAGCCGGGACGCAGACAUGUGCACCUCCAAGUGCUGCGUCGCGCACCAGAAGUUCGCCAUGACGCUGUACGAGCAGUGCGUGUGUUGUAGCUGUGGGGCCUCAUCAGACCCUCUGCCUUUCACAGAAUUCGUGCGGUACAUUUCGACGACAGCCCUGUGCAAUGAAGUUGGAAGAAUGACGGACAGGCAUGAGCGUGUGAGGCCCGAAAUGUUUGCGGAGUUGUUGCAAGCGGCGAAUACCACGGAUGACUAUCGCAAGUGCCCCAGUAACUGUGGCCAGAAAAUAAAGAUCCGCCGCGUCCUGAUGAACUGCCCGGAGAUCGUCACCAUCGGCCUGGUCUGGGACUCCGAGCACUCGGACCUGACCAGCGACGUGGUUCGGAGUCUGGCCACGCACCUCUCUCUCCCCGGGCUUUUUUAUAGGGUUACUGAUGAAAAUGCCAAAAACAGUGAACUUCACCUCGUCGGUCUGAUCUGCUACACCAGCCGGCACUACUGUGCCUUCACAUUUCACACCAAGAGUUCCAAGUGGGUGUUUUUCGAUGACGCAAAUGUGAAAGAGGUGGGAACGAGAUGGAAGGACGUGGUCUCCAAGUGCCUCCGGUGCCACUUCCAGCCCCUGCUGCUGUUUUACGCCAACCCCGACGGCACGGCGGUUUCCACCGAAGACGCGCUCAGGCAGGUCGUCAGCUGGCCACAUCAGAGACCCGGGGUGGAAAAUAUGGGAUCUGAAAGGCCCUCGAUUUAUAAGUCAGAUAAUUCCAAAGAGAAUGGAUUUGGUGAUCAGGACAAACAGAGAGAAAAUCAGAAAUUUCAAACAGAUGACAUUUCAUCCUUCAGUCGGAGCCACAUCCCGGCGAGCGGUGGCCGAGGAGCAGCUAAGCCGGGACCCAGCGACACCCGUGAGAAGAUGAAGGGCCUCUCCAGGGAGUGUGCCCUGAAGGCACUGGAGCAGAGGCGCCUCCUGUGCUCGCACAGGAGGGACGCAGGUCGGCACCGAGAUGUGCUGGAUGAAGACCUUCCACGCGUCAAGCCCGGAUCACCGCCUGCCCCAAACGGCUUCCGACAAUACGGCAGUCGCCCCGCGUCCCCCGGUCAGGGGCGGGGGCCGUGUGGCCAGGACCCACCCACCCAGAGCCGGGCGUCUGUGCAGGUCCCGCGUGCGGGGAGGCCCCAGGCUCCUGGUCCGGCGGUGCAGGGUGACAGCGGCCCUGGGUACGAGACAGACAGCAGCCUGGACUCUCGGGGUAAAGGCAGCAGCCGCCACAGCAGGAGCGGGAGCCGAGGCUGGAAGCCCAUGAGAGAGACCCUGAAUGUCGACAGUGUCCUCAGCGAGAGUGAGAAACGGCAGCAUAGUCCACGGCACAGGCCGAGCGCCAGUCACACGCCCAGAUGCAGGGACCAGAGCCCCAGCAGCUGGCCCCAGGGGCCGCCGAAGCAGAAGUGCUUGAUGACCAUCUACGAGGAUGAAGCGAGGCAGGAGCUGGGCAGCAGGCAUUCCCCCGACGGCCCGGGGAAAGGCCUUACCGAGACGGGCGUCCCUGGCGACGCCUGGCAGGGGCAGAGGACUGAGUCCGACUACGAGAGCAGCGACCACGUCAGCAGCGGUUCCGCCAGCCUGGACUCGCCGGGUGUGGACGGCGCCGGGACCGCAGAGCCCCCCAGUGACCAGAGUAAGACAAGCAACCGAAAUACAGAACGUGUGAACUGUGCCUCCCAGCAGAGUGAAAACCACCUGGAAGGCUGCAGAAAAGAAUUCAAGAACUUGGAAGUAGGCUGUAGGUCUCAUGACCCAGAAUCACAUCCACAAAUAAAAAACCCUGUAAUGAAAAGGUCCCGUGGACGCGACCCCAGCGGGAAGCUGCUCCCUGCGUCGGAGCCACACGUCCUCCGGGGCCUCCCAGCUGGUGAGCUCACCCUGUCAGGGGAGCAGAAGCCUGAACACGCCAGCGAGUGCCAGUUUCCCGCGCGGCCAGAUGGAAGCAGCUCGGAGGGGGCAGGUGCACUCUCUCACACCGAUCCUAGUCCUGCUUCUAGAAUGAGAACGAACAGCGAUGACUUUGCACCAGCCUCGGUGCCCGGGAGAGCUGCGGGGCUCCCGACCGGCGCUGCCCCCCCAGGGGGCGCGGGGCUCCGUCCCCUCGCAGAGCCGACGGUGGUCAGGUGCCAAAACUCAUUUGCCAGAAUCCACCACCCCCUUUGCCACCAAAAAGGUAUGUUGUGACCCGUGCGCCACAGCCAGGGAAAAACGGUCCUGCACCCUCGGCCAGGCUCCCAGAGGCGCCCAGCGCUCGCUCUGCUGGUCCUCCGCUGCUCAGCACGGGGACAGCAGAACCGGGCUCCACAGUGAGCGCCCCUUCCCGGGACGAAAGGCUCAAGCAGACGGUCCACGCAAGAGAGCGCGUGGGCGCCGCCCGGAACCCCCUGGCCAGCUCAGCCAGCGGUGCCCAGGCGGGCCUGAGGGCAGGUGUCGCUGCCUCGUGCCAACCAGCAGACUGGAGUCCGGCCUGUCCCAGGGAGACCAUCUGCCUCACCACCUACUUCUCCGUGGACAGCUGCAUGACCGACACGUACAGGCUCAAGUACCACCAGAGGCCCAAGCUCUGCCUCCCUGAGCGCUCCAGCUGCGGGAGCGAGAACCCGGCCCCUCCGGGUGCAGGAGGCCUGAGACCUGCACUGCCGGACAGCCUCGGGGCAAGCUGCCCUCCUGAGCAAAGACACAAACCCAGUGUCCACUGUGAUAGAUGAACCAGGACCCCGCAGCUCACGCUCAGAGGCCAUCACAGCAGGAGGGAGAUCGACAACCGAACCUAGUGAGCAAUGAAAUGAAAACCGUGGUGUUUGUCAUUCGUCACUUUAGCUUUCUCUGUGUACUUUUACCUCGAGACAAUCAACUUACUGGAUAUUUUAGAAAUCCUGUUGAGUAGUCUUGGCUUGCCUCGAAAAAUAGGGGCGUGCAGAAAGUCACUUAUUGUAUGCUGCGGUUGAAUAAAAAUGGAGUCUGUCCCUUU